AGCCUCCCUGCGGCCCCACAGCCAGCCUGCCCACUUCUCUUUCAGGUUUCUCCAAGUGCCUCCCUGCUCCUGUUUGCUUCCCCAUCUCUCCAGGUUUCCGUCUUCCCAGUUCCCUUCCCGGGCUGGUGGCAGUGGGGGCUGUGCCUGGUGGGCCCCACAGAGAUGCUCAGUGCUCGGGAUCGCCGGGACCGGCCCCCCGAAGAGGGGGCAGCUGCAGUGCUCCAGGGCUUCGCCGUGGACAAGACCUUCCUCUCCUCCCUCAAAGGCAUCUUGCUGGAAACUGAGCUGGCCCUGACCUUCAUCAUCUUCAUCUGCUUCACGGCCUCCAUCUCCGCCUACAUGGCUGCAGCACUGCUCGAGUUCUUCAUCACACUCGCUUUCCUCUUCCUCUACGCCACCCAGUACUAUCAGCGCUUUGAUCGGCUGAACUGGCCGUGUCUGGACUUCCUCCGCUGUGUCAGUGCCAUCAUCAUCUUCCUGGUGGUCUCCUUUGCGGCUGUGACCUCCCGGGAUGGAGCUGCCAUUGCUGCUUUUGUUUUUGGCAUCAUCCUGGUUUCCGUCUUUGCCUAUGAUGCCUUCAAGAUCUACCGGACUGAGAUGGCACCCAGGACCACCCAGGAUGACCAGCAGUGACCCUGAGCUACCUGGCUCCCAGGCCCAGCCAGACAAAGGCAACAGUGCACAUUUCCUUUGGUUUCACUAGCCCACAGCCUACUACCUCCCAGCCAGGCCUACAGAGAUGGAUUCUGGCCUGAGAAGUCACCAGAUACUUGUCUGUGGGGCUCAGUGCUCUGAUGAAGCUUCAACAGGAAGGAGGUGUUUUGGGGAGGGAGGGCAGGAGGAAGCUGGUCA